ACAACCCUAAAAAAAAAUCAGAGUUCCUAAUCGAAGUAAUCUUGAUUUAUUCUUUAACUACAUUGGCUCAAUCUCGAGCUCUUAAAAUGGCUGUUAGCGCGGUUCAUUUAGAAUCAGAUGCUUUUCUGGUCUGUAUGAAUCACGCGUUGAGCACAGAGAAAGAAGAAGUUAUGGGUCUCUGCAUUGGUGAGGUGGAUACAAACCGCAUUGUCCAUAUCCACUCUGUCAUUAUUCUCCGGAGGUCCGAUAAGAGGAAAGAUCGCGUGGAGAUCUCACCGGAACAGCUGUCUGCCGCCUCUACCGAGGCCGAGCGAUUGGCUGAGAUGACCGGCCGGCCAAUGAGGGUUGUUGGCUGGUACCACUCUCACCCGCACAUAACUGUGUGGCCGUCACACGUGGACGUGCGGACUCAAGCCAUGUACCAGAUGAUGGAUCAGGGAUUUGUAGGCCUCAUCUUCUCCUGUUUCAUUGAAGACAAAAACACUAAGACUGGUCGAGUGUUGUACACCUGCUUUCAGUCUGUACAGGCUCAAAAAGGCUCAGAGUAUGAGAGAAUCGAGAUUCCCAUCCAUGUUGUCCCGCACGAAGCCAUCGGCAAAGUGUGUUUGGAGUCGGCCGUGGAAUUACCCAAAAUUCUGUGCCAGGAAGAGCAGGACACGUACAGAAGAAUCCAUAAUUUAACUCAUCUGGACCCAAUUACAAAGAUACACAACGGAUCAGUGUUUACUAAGAACCUGUGCAGUCAGAUGUCUGCGGUGAGUGGACCUCUUCUGCAGUGGCUGGAGGACCGUCUGCAGCAGAACAAACAGAGCAUCAUCCAACUCCAGCAGGAGAAAGAACGGCUGACACAGGAACUGGCUGCGCUGUAGAGAGAGAGAGAGAGAG